AUGGGAGGUGAUUAUGUUGUCAUAUCGGUCUUACUAUGCUUUUUGUGUAUAACUUUCCACCUCACCGUUGUUGAAUCGAUAGACGUAGAUGUCAAUCUCCAGACGAAUGAGAAGAACACCACUCUUUUAAGACCUAAGCAUUUCCAUUUUCCUUGGAGAGCUAAUAUCAUGGAUGAAGGAAGCGGCAUUAUUUCCCAUUAUGCAAUGUGGCACACAGAGCCAGGACAAUUCUACGGCCUUCGAGCUGACAUGAGUAUAUGGGCUUCACCAAAUCAAGGAACUUCUCAAGAAUCUGGAGCAUCCUUACAGAUCUAUUGUCAAGAUGGAGGAAACUACAACUUAAUUCAAGUUGGAUUUCAUAUUUCCCCCUCUUUAGACCAUAACAGAGAUAUUCGCUUCUUUACAUAUUGGACCAAGGACUUGAAAUCGAAGGGGUGCUACAACUUGCAGUGCUCAGGAUUUGUUUCUGCAAGUCGAGCUAAUCUGGUGCCUGGACAAGCCAUGGCUCCUCCAUCAAUUUAUGGCAAACAAGACCACUACGUUAGGCUUAGCCUCAACAAGGAUCCAAAUUCCGGAGAUUGGGUGGUGUACCAUCAUGAUUUACAGAAACCAUCAUUCUUGGGACAUUUUCCAAAUAAGCUUUGCCCCGGAACACCACGUAUACAAGCCUUGACUGGAUUCGUGAAUUACAUGAAGAAUGCACAUGCACUAGUAGAAAAAGUUGAUGGUCCUCCAAUGGGUAGCGGCCACUUCCCCGAUUAUGACGAUAAGAGAUCUGCGUACUUCAAGCACAUUCAGAACUACAAUCCAAAUGGUCAUUCUUCCGACCUCUUUGGCAUUCCCAUGAUCAAGUUAGUUGAUAGGCCAGAUUGUUAUGGAGCGAAUAAUUUAUUUCUUGAAUAUAAGAAGGGUUAUAUGUUCAACUAUGGUGGACCAAGUGGUUGUGUUCGUUGACAACAAAAGUUGUAUUGCCAUUUGGAUUCAAUAAACAAAAAAUAUGUUACUUAAUGGUC